AUGAGUGAAAAGUCCAUCACCGAGCGCCGGCCGUCGGAUAGCGAGACUGAUACCGAAUCAUGUCAACUCAAACAGUACGAGGGUGGUCGCGAAGCAUGGCUAACUGUGGCUGGCUCUGCACUCGUCUAUUAUGCCUCUUUCGGCAUAAUGAAUAGCUUUGGGUUCUUCCAGAACUAUUACACCGUGGUGUUCCUCAAAGACACACCUGCGACUACUAUUGCCUUCUGUGGCACACUUCAGAUGUUCCUCAUGAACUCACUUGCAGCCGUCUCAGGAGCACUAUGUGAUCGCUAUGGCGUCAAGUGGCUGUAUCUGGGCUCAGGUUUUGGCACCAUUUUUGCCCUCAUGUUGCUGUCCUUCGUCCAGGCUGGACAGUUCUGGUCAAUCUUCCUGAUUCAAGGGAUGCUUCUGGGUUUCACCAUUGCAUUCGGCAUACAACCUGCCAUCACGGUUGUUGGACAACACUUCAAUGCCCGAAGAUCUCUUGCUAUGGGUGUAGUGUCCACAGGUGCUGCACUGGGUGGAAUUGGAUUUCCACUUAUGCUAGAAAAGCUUGUCCCGACCGUCGGAUUUGCGAACGCCGUUCGACUGGCAGCGCUCAAAAUUGGCAUCUGCUACUCUUUGGCUUUGUGCAUGUCAAAAAGCAAGCCACAAGGGCAAGAUGGACGUCGCGCCGCCCUCAUUGAUUUCCGUGGGUUCCUCGACAUCCGCUACACCAUACUUUGUGCUGGCACUUUCUUCGCGAUCCUUGGAUUAUGGAUUCCUUCAUACUACAUCAAAACAUACGCAAACGUCGUUUUCCCGGGUAACAGUAUCAGCGAGUACUUUCUAUGCAUCAUGAAUGCUUGCAGCAUCGUUGGUGGAAGCCUGGGAGGAUUUCUAGCCGAUCGUGUUGGACGCCUCAACUUCCUUUGGCCAAUGGGUCUUCUUGGUGGAUUCCUCUGCCUCUUCCUCUGGCUAUUGGGUGACACCAUAGGCAUUCUUGUGGGAUUCGUCGGUCUCUACGGUUUCGCUGCCAGCAAUAUCAACGCGCUGCCGGCAUCGGCCGUGGGACAAAUCACGCCCGAUGGCAGCCUUGGAGCACGAAUUGGGGCUUUCUACAGCGUCAUCGCUGUUGCUAGCUUGGUUGGAACUCCUAUCGGAGGAGCUUUGAUCACAGACAAGGACACAAAAGAUGGCUAUCGAUGGUUGAUAGUCUUCUCGGAAUACUUGAAUUGA